CAACAACAACAACAACAAAACAACAACAAUAAUACAGGAGCAAUCUAGGGUCUCGCCUUGCCUCGUAAUGCAAGUGUUGGCCCCAGACUUAACUGGCUCAGCCUCGCGGAGCACCAGACCGCAGGCUUAGCGGUAGCUGGCCGUGCGGGACUAUGUGACGUCACAUCCUGUCGCUGCUUGUCUGUCUCAGUAGAGGAAGACUUCGCCUCUUUAGUAAUCCGGUUUCCUAGGCAGCAGGACACGUGCUACAACUGACUUGUUUCUCAUCCGACGAGACUUGCGACUGAACAGAACGAGACAAGUACACCGCGAGGCAGGAACUUGCUGACUGACCUCACUGCUAACCUCACUGCUUAACUCACUGCUUAACUCACUGAUUAACUCACUGCUAACCUCACUGCUAAACUCACUGCUCAAACUCUUCAUUACGAACACCUGAUGAUGUUUCAGGCGUGAGAGAGGACUACCGAGUGCAGAGACUAUGCUGUCAAAGAAUAGUGAGCUCGAGAAACAAGUUUGUUUACAGUGAUGACACCCUCGACAGCUACAGUGUAGGUGAAGGAAGAUCUAAGUCCUUGGUGUCCUCGCUUGUCCGAGGAAAGACUUCAAAUGGUUUUAGUAUUCUGAAAGGCCGGCGUGUUUAGAAAAAAAGAACACAGUAUAAAAAAAAAUUUUGAAAAAAGAAUUCUCGGAAGACUUUCUUCUCGGCAGACCCACCAGGACAACAAAGUGAGGCUUCAUCAUGUACUUGGUCCAGAGGAUCUCCCGGGUUUCGCUCCUAGCCCUGCUCGGCAUACUGACGAAGGCGAGCUGUGACCCUGUCGCUGACCCCAAUGACCUGCACGUGCUGUGGCUGGCACCCAAGGAGCCUGUGAAGGAUGGCAAGAGAUACCUGCUGAGUGCAUCCUCCAGCGUGGGCUACCUCGCCCUGGCCAUAGAGAGAGUCAUGGCCGAGGGGCUUAUCUCCGACAAAAAUAUCAACGUGACGUGGAUCGACUGCGCGUGCAGCCCCAAGCUGAGUCUCGGUCGACUUGUCGAGGUCAUCCGCGUGGUCAUCCCUGACGUCAUCAUUGGACCACCAUGCACGAGCGCAAUGAUUCCGGUAGCGGACCUGGGAUCCUUUUUCAACGUUCCUGUCUUCAGCUGGAUCUCCAACGAGCACACGCUGGACAACAAGACGAGGGCUUCCACCCUGGUGAGAACGUUGCCGCCUCUGUCCAGCCUCGGCAACUUGCUGCUCAGUGUCUGCAGGAAUCUCGACUGGCACACUAUCUCCAUAAUCUCCACAUUAGGGGGGAUGACAGAAGGGAUUGCGGACUACUUUAAAGAGAUCCUAGACAACUCGGAGUUUUUCCUCGCCCGGCAUUUUGACAGAGUUAACACCUCGCUAACAGUCGAGAGCAUCAGGCGCAUGUAUGCUUUCAUCAAGGGAGAGGCGAGAAUCGUGUUUCUGAUUGUGCCGAUGGAGGAGCUUCGCACAUACAUGCUGGCUGCGCAUGACAUGGAUAUGACGUCAGGGGACUUCCAGUUCCUGUUCACCCGCCAGAUGAUUGCCGAAGACGGCUUCGUCAAGCUACUGCAGGGCAAAGGAUUGUGGGAGCGCGGGGAUGGCCGCGACAGCGAUGCAUACCAAGCUUACAAAAACCUGCUGUAUUUCACCUUUUCGUUCAUGCUGGAGUACUACGACAACACGGUGGAUGCCUACAACGCUUCUGUCCGCGUGUUCGGGCAGCAUCCCAACAUGCCCACCUUCGAAAUGCCUGACAGGUAUGCGAGAUUCCUACACGACACCUUCUACCUGUACUGCCUGGCUGCCAACAUCACUCGGCAGCGGAACCAGACCGUGGACGGCGCCAACAUCUUCAAAACCUCCACUGAGAUCGGAUUUAAUGGUAUGACAGGCUAUGUGCACCUGGACAACGAAGCAGAUCGUCUUCCGAGUUACCUGGUCUGGGACAUGGAUUUGGACGGAUCUUUCCGUGUCAUCAUGCAAAUAGCUCACAACUUCUACAACAACAGCAUCACUAAUAUUACAUAUCCUGACGGAGUCCUGGAGAUUCACUGGGGCAAUGGAAUGUCCUACAGCGAAGGGUAUAUUCCACUGGACAGUCCGGUGUGUGGCUUCCGAAACGAGAAGUGCCCAGAAAACUCAACUGCCAAGACCGUCAUCCCGGCCGUCCUCGUCAGCGUCAUGUUGGCCGUCGUCAUCGUCUUUUUCAUCCUUUUCAGGUGGUGGAAGAAGGAGCAGAAGCUGUACAGCAAAACCUGGCGCGUGCUGUGGAAAGACCUCAAGUUCGAGACACGCGAUCAAAUGAUAACGGGGCAUAACGGAAGUCAUUCAACUGUGAACUCUGACGAUCAUGGCGGCUGUUCGUCCGUAAAUUCUUCCUUCCGUCUCAACGUCCCUUCCCAUCAGGCCUACUACUGCAAAACUGCAAUGUAUGGAAACGAGAGGGUUGUGGUUCGCAUGAUCAGGAAAAAGAAUAUCCGGUUUGACCGGAAGCUGUUGGAAGAGUUGCAUUUGCUGACUCACAGCAAAAACCCGAACCUGACUCAGUUUUUCGGUGUGUGCACUGAUCCUCCCAACCUGUGCAUUCUGUGGGAAUACUGCAACAAAGGCAGCGUUCAGGAUGUCAUUCAUAACAGCUACAAUAAUUACGAGCUGGACAGUUUGUUUCAAUUCUCCAUCGCCUUGGAUAUAUGCACGGGUUUGAACUACAUCCAUGGAUCGGAACUGAAAGUUCACGGCAACCUGACCAGUGCCAACUGUCUCCUGGAUAACCGGUGGACAUGCAAGCUGUCCGGCUUUGGCGUCAGACGCUGCUCAGGGGAGAGAAGCCACCCGAGGGCCUGAGCGAGCAAGCGCGGACUGUAUUGGACGGCCCCAGAAGCGCUGCGAUCGCUGCUGAAGGACGAGAGAGUUGUCCCCACGCCGGCGGGCGACAUCUACUCACUCGCCAUCGUGCUGAAGGAGAUCCUGUGCAAGAACAGCGCCUACGACAUCG